AUGUGUGUUCUGCUAGCGGUCUACCAUGUUCGCUAUCCCUCGACUCCUCAGAUCCUACAUAGUGUUGCAAGCCCAAGCAGGCCGAUAGGCCAGCCUGCUCGCGUGGAAUACGUGAAGGGAGAUCGUGACAAGCCUGUUGGAACUUUGGGAAGCUCCAAGGAGAGAAAGUUUCUUAAUGACUUCGUGGCUGGAGCGAGGAGAAAAGCGAAGAUGAUGGAGGCUGAGAAAGAGCUGGACCGAUAUUCUCUGAUGGCAGAGGAGGCUGUUUCGAACUUGCGGGGGAAGCAAGCUCCGGCUGGUUCGGAAGGGCCUGCUGCGGAUGGGUCAUCGGUAGCCAAGAAGCUGCUGUCCAAGACCAAGGACGAGAUCAGGACCAUUGAGAGUGACUUCGAGAAGUCUAUCGCCCGGCAUGCUGGCUCGGAGCGCAAAUCGUCAGAGUCACAUGCUGUCCAGCCUCCGAAGCAGCAGCUCGAGAAGUUGCUCAUGAUGGACAAGCUUGCCUUGUCUGACGAGAUUCACAUCAAGAUGCCGCAGAGCUCCCAGGGUGAUCCGCUGAGAGAGCAAUGGACGGACGAAGGAUGGAAGUCAGCGUCUUCGUCACGGCAGCCACGGGGGUCAAGGAUGGGUGCCGUGCGGAAGUUGCCACAGCAGGCGUUACAUCAAGGGAUGAUAGAAAACUCAGUGGGCGAGAGCAGGAGGGCGCCGAUGAAGGAAGGGAACUUCAACGUGCCUUAUGCUCCGAUAGGAGGCUACCAGGGGGCCAUGGGACUUGGAGGGAACUUCCACACCAGCGGAGACUCUCCUGCCUUGUCUCUGAACGAGGAGGGGGGGGCUGGUUGGGUGCCCUAUGUGGACGACGAGGGAAGGGACAAGUACUACACGCAGGAUGUGAUCGGGGCAGGGACGUCGCACUACAACGUGCUGAACUCGAGGACGCCCCUUCUUGACCAGGGGGUGAGGGGAGAGUCAGACUUGAGCAGCGGCAUGAGCGAAGAGGGAGACAAGGGGCUACUGGACCAGAACGACCACUUCAUCGACUACGUCGACAACGAGGGGCGGGAGAAGAAGUUCAGGGAGCUGGGAGUUGUCACUUCAGUGCACAGAGGGAAGACUGUCUCUUGCCUCAAGAACUGUGAUGAGGAGAGGAACACAACUCUCACCCCCGUCGGAACCUUCGAGGCUGCCCCCAGCUCAGACGACUGGCCGCAGAUGACAUCCCGGUCCGUCAAGGCUGAGAGCGAGUCGGACACGGACGACAUGGACUCCGAAGCUCCGGCGACGGAAGUUGAGGCAGAGACCAACAAGCUGGGAAGGGACCUGGCUGACCUGAGAAGAACAGCUCAGGUCAAGGCGGACGACGAGCACGAGGAGCAGCUGUCGAAGCUCGACGAUUCGCACGCCUCCGCUCUAGAGGCUCUCGACCUUGCGAAGAAGGUUGCGGACGACCAGGUGGAGGAGAUCGAUCUGAAGCACUCGAUCAAGGACCUUCAGUGGCAGCUCAACGCCUCAUCUGAAGCCUUGGACUACGCGCAGAAAGACGACUUCAGCUAUGUCGGCAAGAUUCCGCCAGGGGGGCAGGAGGGGAACCUGGAAAGGCUGUACAAGGACGAGGAUCCGUUGCUGCUUGCUUCCAUCCGCCGUGGCGAUUUCGUGCGAGCAGGGCCCAACGGGGAGGUGGAGCCUUAUGUAGACAGCCAAGGGAACGAGAUCUCUGACGAGAACCUUGAGAAGCUGAAGAAGAAGACAGGAGACGACCUAGAGCAUCUGGACUCGCGCGCCAAGGACCUCUUCGAUGCCCUUCCGCUCGUCGACAGUCACAUGCUGGGAGACGACAAGGAGACACCCACCUGGGGCUUCAAAGACAUGAUGAAGGCGGGGAAGGAGGACCCCGUCCCCAACGAGAAGUUGGACCGGUUGUGCCUGCUCUGCGAAUCCCUCUCCGAUGACGGGAAGCUAGAAUCCGUCCCAAUAUGUCAAGGGUUGAGCUGUGUGACGGGAGCCUGGCAAGACAGCAUUGACAAUCACCCGUACGACGAGCAUGUGCUGCAGGUGGCUCUCCAUCCUCCCACGAAGGAGCUUCGCAAACUUGGAGUGCUGGACCGUGCGGAGCAUCCGGAAGCUUACAAGGAGUAUCCCGAGGAGAAGAUCCGAGCCGGUCUCAUCGCUUACUACGAUUCGACUCACAAGAAGCCGAGGGGUCAGGAGGACUCGAUGGCAGGGCAGACGACGAGCCUGGCGCAGAACUUCCCCCAGAAGCAGAAGAGGAGGAUGAGUAAGGGGCAGGUGCGGGCGCUCGCGUGCGACUACCUAUCGUCCUCUCCGUCUCGUGGCCAUGUCGAGGAGCUUCAACGUCUCUUCCUGCGCAAGUUCGGGGAAGGCUUGAAGUGCACUGGGGAGGAGCGAGGGAGAGCACAUCAGCAGGUGAAGCAGAACUUGGCGAUGAAGCCUGAAGAAGAGGCGAAGAAAGAUCAGGAGGAAGAGAAGCUUGAGGAGGAGCAGAAGGAGGAGGAGCAGAAGGAGGAGGAGCAGAAGGAGGAGGAGCAAAAAGAGGAGGAGGAGGAGGAGGAGGAGGAGGAGAGGACAGUUUACCUCUACGUCGGGCGGGACGCGCGAGCAGCCUUCCAGUACAAGAGCAUCAACAAGGAGGCAAUCAGAGCUGUUGUGUGGGCCAAGGAUUGUUCUGUCCUGAUGUUUCCUCCAUUCUUCAGCUUCCCGGACUUUCAUGAAUAUGCUAAGAGGGAUAUUCGCAACUUUGUGAGGAAAGGAGGAAAGCAUCACGGGACGGUCCUCUUCGUGGGAGGAGGUUUAGAAGUCUCCGUCAUCAAUCACAUCUUCGGCUUCGAGAUUCAUCCCAAGUACGUGGCUGGCCCCUACUACAAGAACAAGCGCUACGUGAAGGAGGGCGAGAGCUUCUCGGAGCUGCCUGACCUUGUGCCUGAGGUGGGGAAUGUUUAUGGGAUGUGGAUGCCAUCGCUGCCUCCAAACUCUAGGUCAUUCUACGACUCCUUCGGUGUUAGCGUCGCCUGCUGCAUACGAUAUGACCUCGGAAGAAUCUGCUUCCUGGCACAGGACUUCUUGGAUGUUCUCAAGGACGAGGUUGGUCCCUGGGCUGCUCUGUUAGCGGCGAUUCUCGACUACUCGUGA